CAUAGAAACACUUACGUUCUUUGCAUACCAAAUAAAUGCUGAAUUAAGUCCAAACAACCCACAUGGAAAAUCAACUACUACAUGAGCAUUAUCCUAACAUAGUUGAUAAAUAGCCAUCCUUGUCGAUUGAUAAAAAGAAGUAAGCUUCAUUUAUAAGAUGGGGGAGAAUGAGAAUGAAAUGAAAACAACUUUCCCAAGAAAAGUCUAAAACAAGCAUUCCUGUUCCAAGCAACCAAGAAAGAAAUCCAACCUUCUCAAGGAAAGUCUAAAACAACAAGCUAAGGGGGAAGAUGAGACUAAUCAAGACUAACCCAAACUGUAAGAGAGACAUAUUCUAUCUCUCUACCCACUAAUGGAGAAAUACAGUUCCGGGUUCGUGCUGUUUUGCUCAUUCGAGCUCCUACUUGGUCUCAUCGCUUUCUCGGCUUGUGUUGCAGCUGAAUUCAAGAGAACAAAGUUGAAAGAUGUAAAGUUGGAUGAGAAACUAUGUUAUUUGCCCGGGAGCCCGGCAUUUGGGUUGGGAAUCACUGCUUUGGUAUGUCUUUCAAUUGUUCAAAUCCUAGGAACGGCAUACGUAAUAGGCAACAAACUUAACUCCAGAGAGAAGAAAAUUCAUGAUGCUCGAGAAACAAGGAAGCAAACCAUAUCAAUCAUUUUGUUGGUUCUCUCUUGGAUUAGUUAUGCGUUUGCAAUAGUUCUAUUAGGAGGUGCAUCCAGUAUGAAUAAGAAACAAGCAUACGGCAGAGGAUGGUUAGACGGCGAUUGCUACAUAGUAAAAUCCGGUGUUUUCGUUGGAACGUCAGUGUUAGUAUUAGUUACAUUUCAAUUAAUACUUGGAUCGAUUAUCCUAAUGACUAGGAGAAUAAAUUUUGGUUAGCAACAUGAAGAAAUAGGGAUAGGUUUAUUUUGCAAUGGGUCAUCUAGCUAGAGAGGAAGAAUACUGCUACUGAUUGGGAAUACUGGUCCCAAGCAGCUAGUUAUCGAACGGA